AUGGAUGUGAGCUUAGUCACUGUUUGUGCCAUUCUAACAGUUGCGGUCAGCCAGACAUCUGAGACUUUGUUUCCUGGGGCCUUUAGCUGUUGCACAAAAAUUUCAGAUGAAAUUCCCAAAGGAAUUCUCCAAAGAGCGGAGAGGUUUGACAUCCAGAAAGCUGAUGGCCUGUGUCACUUAGAAGCCAUCAUUCUCUACAUAGAAGGCAGAAAGUUCUGUGUAAGCCCACAGAUUAGAAAAGUUAAGAAAUGGAUGAAAAAGAAGAGGUUAAAGAAACACAGAAAAAGUGAUAGAAGACAAAGAAGAACCAAAACUAAAAAGAAAGAGAGAAGAAACAGUAACACAGUGAAGCAAGCCCCAUAAUGCAGACACCUGUGGACUACGGCACUGUGUACAAAGAAAGCAGAAUUCAUCAA